GGACAGUGGUCCUCUGGCGCCCUCUGCCGCCGCUCGGUGGACAGGCAGCAGAAGUUCACCGGAAGCGAAGCUAGCGGACACUGUGAGCGCUGACAGGCAACAACAAACUUCUGCUUUUACAGAAAAACUCGGGCUGUGGUGUAAAACUGGCGCGGGGGAGUCACCGUUUAACUCGUGCGCAAAUGUGCUAACUUAGCGGACACAUAUUUCCCGCUAAAUCCCUAAGACAUGCGGUAAUUAAAGUAUGCCGCUGUGAUUAUGCUAAGUUGGCUAAUGCUAAGUGCGUGUAGCGUGACGGCAGCAUUCCCCGCAGAGGAAGGAAGGAAACUGAGCUGUGCGCUUCUGCAGAGCUAGCACACUUUAAGAGGGCUCCCAACCACCGUGACGCACUUUGGAAAUGAUCCUGCCCCAACUUUUUUAGAAAUAACUUUAGUGAAUAAGUUAUGACGUCCAGGAGUCCAAGUAAACAGCCAGGGACUAGUUUUACUGAUGGUCAGAGCCAAUAGACACGAGCCUGUGGACAACUUGUAGCAUGAAGCUGUCUCAGAGAUAGAGCUUCACCAAACGGCUUCUUCAAGACAUUUUUGGAAUAGUUUGCCAAAGCACUGACGCAAAGGACAACCCCAUGGCAUCGGAUGUGAUCGAAACUCCAGCAGUGCUACGUGAGAGAGCUGUGAACAAUAGCGACACCUCGGAGGCAGUCACGCCCAGAAGGAGCGCAGAGGAGCGGGGCAGCGCGCACCCGUCCAGCCCGUCCACCUCUGGAGUGUCCGGGGAAGGAGACGAGGAAUACGACCUGGAGGAAGCACAAAGCACCGACGUGUCUGCAGCUGCUGAUAAACCUGCGAACGAUGGGCUAAGUUUAACCCAAACACAGGACACAUCAGCGCCGAGCCGUGAGCAGACUGCGGGGAAGAGGCGAACAACCCCGGGCAAACUUUCUCCAAGCAGCCCCGCGCCCGCUGGAAGCCUGGAGCGCCAAGAGUCCAUCUCCACCACAGAAGCACGUCUGCGGAUGGAAGGAGUGGAGCUGAAGGAGGAGUGGCAGGAUGAGGACUUCCCUCGUCCACUGCCAGAGGAGGAGCUGGAAGACGAGCUUUUCGCUGGGACCUCUGGAGACAUGGACGGUUAUGAGUACGAGCAGGGGGCGAAGAUGAGGAAGAAGCUUGCGGCUCCAGACAUCAGCCUGACGUUGGACCGCAGCGAGGGCUCCAUCCUCUCGGACGAACUGGACGAGAGCACAGAGCUGGACCUGGACGCCAUGGACACGCCGUCCGACAACAGCAACGAGUUUGAGUGGGAAGAUGACCUGCCAAAGCCCAAAGCCACGGAGCUGUUGGAGAAGGGCGUGGGCUCGGUGCAGGAGUUUACGGCCUCAGAGGAGAGGGAGGAGGGGCGCAGAUGGAGGCUUUUCAGGAUUGGAGACCAGGAACAUAAAGUGGACAUGAAGGCCAUCGAACCUUACAAGAGAGUCAUCAGCCAUGGAGGUUACUAUGGAGACGGUUUGAACGCCAUCAUCGUAUUCGCUGUGUGUUUUAUGCCUGAAAGCAAUCAACCAAACUACAGAUACAUUAUGGACAAUUUAUUUAAAUAUGUCAUUGGGACAUUAGAGCUUCUGGUGGCUGAGAAUUACAUGAUAGUUUAUUUGAAUGGGGCCACAUCACGCAAGAAGAUGCCAACUGUCGGCUGGCUGCGAAAGUGUUAUCAGCAAAUCGAUAGGAGGUUAAGAAAGAAUUUAAAGUCUCUCAUAAUUGUGCAUCCAUCUUGGUUUAUCCGCACGCUGCUGGCCCUGACAAAGCCUUUCAUAAGCUCCAAGUUUAGUCAGAAAAUCAAAUACGUCUUCAGCCUAUCAGACCUGGCAGAACUGGUUCCCAUGGAGUACGUGUCCAUCCCAGACUGUAUCAAAGAGUUUGACCAGGACAAAAAUAAGAAAAGCCGUAAAAGAGUUGACCAGGAGAUGCACGGCAAAGUGGAGGUGGCGUCUGCUGCGGUUCCUGAGUGAGCCCCAUGUUCAUGAUGAGGACCAGCACCUGAAGACUCGCCUCUGGACUGUUGGGGAGAAAAGACUGGAUCCACUGCUGUCUGUUACCCUGCGGAACCCUGCCAACUCGCCAUCCCUACAACCUAUUACUGUCUGUUACCCUGCAGAGCCCCACCUACUCGCAUCCCUACAACCUAUCACUGUCUGUUACCCUGCAGAGCCCCGCCUACUCGCCAUCCCUACAACCUAUCACUGUCUGUUACCCUGCAGAGCCCCGCCUACUCGCAUCCCUACAACCUAUCACUGUCUGUUACCCUGCAGAGCCCCGCCUACUCGCAUCCCUACAACCUAUCACUGUCUGUUACCCUGCAGAGCCCCGCCUACUCGCCAUCCCUACAACCUAUCACUGUCUGUUACCCUGCGGAGCCCCGCCUCCUCGCAUCCCUACAACCUAUCACUGUCUGUUACUCUGUGUAGCCCCGCCUACUCGCCAUCCCUACAACCUAUCACUGUCUGUUACUCUGUGUAGCCCCGCCUACUUGCCAUCACUACAACCUAUCACUGUCUGUUACAUGCGAAGCCCCACCCACUUGCCAUCUCUACUGUUACCUUGCAAAGCCCUGCCCGCUCAGCAUCUCUACAACACGUCACCGUCUGUUACCCUGCAAAUCCCCGCCCACUGGCCGUCUCUAUCCCCUUCCAUCUUUUCCUCUGCUGGAAUCAUGAAUAUUUGUGUCUUCUUGUCAUUCACACUUUCUUCGAGAUGCUGUUGUUACUGGUGGAUGCGUGUUCUGCUCUAUAAAUGUCUAUAUUUAUCUACGAGACGCGGCCUUGGAGAGAAUUUAAUAUAUAUUUUAUGAAUGCGCAGAUUUUAAACCAUUUUUGGACUUUUUCGUAGAAGUGGAAUGGAGCAAUUUUUCACAGAGCACUGCUGCUGUUGGAAUAGUGGAGCCGUCACUGGAGCCGCGUUGAGCUGGUGGACACUCUGAGACGGUUCCAUGAGCUUUUAUUCAAGUAAAGUCUUUCACACAAUC